GUCAAACUUAUAACCUCCAGCGGUUGCUGUGGAGCGUUUGAUAAGGGAGCAAUUAAAGCGCCGCCAGCGCCUCUUAGCAAUAUUGCAAAUUAUCCAACUUUCUUUCUUAAUCCAUAGAGUGGGCUGCGUGCAUGGCCGAUGGUAACUGCAGAGUAAUUCGCUUCCGUGUGUUAGUUUACUUUUCAAAUUUGCUUACCAGCAUUGCAAAGACGUACUCCUCAAAACAUCCGCGAGCGAAAACAAACUUUCUUUCAAUUUGUAUAGUUCCACCGAGUGCGGGCUCAAGUGAUGCCGCAGAGUUAGCGGAGUUGAUUUCAACAAAGCUUUCUUAUCGCAAUUCAAUCGAGUAGGUCGGGGCCAUAAUCGUUUUAUUAUCUUUUCGCGAAUUUCGUACUAUAAGCAAAUUAAUUACGAGUGAGUGAUUGAAGUAUUAAGUGCGGUAUCACCACAGUGACACAAUAGCCGUGCUCCCAUCGACGGAGGAAGCAGCAUUUCGUUUACAGCAGAAUGGAAGUGGAUUGCACGGAAUCUGGGGUGGCUAAAGAUGAGAAAUCUCCACCGAAGCUUGUUCCUGAUUCAAAGGUGGUACAGCGAUUUUCGCCCAUCAAACGUCAGCUUUUCGUUACAAGUGCAUCUCUUGUGUGCGCCAUAAGUGGUGGUAUGGUCGUCGGAUUCUCAGCAAUAUUUUUCCCGCAGAUAAAUGCAAACAAGGAGUUCAACUUCACUGCAGACGAUGAAUCAUGGAUAGCAUCUAUGGCCGCCCUUCCAAUGGCUCCAGGUUGCAUCCUUAUCGGAAUCAUCAUGGAAACACUUGGCAGGAAAGCAGCUAACAUAAUUGUCAGUAUACCAUUCACUGUUGGUUGGAUACUCGUAUAUUUUGCUAACGGUUUUGUGAUGCUUCUACUGGGCCGAUUUUUACAAGGAAUUUCGUUAGGAAUGACUGGACCUUUAAACUCAGUUUAUAUAGGCGAAACUACAGAUCCUUUGCAUAGAGGUUACUUACUGGGCGGAGUAUCAUUUGGUUAUACGCUUGGCAUUUUAACUACACAUAUUCUGGGAACAUACAUUCCAUGGAGAGCUACAGCCAUUAUUUGUGGUGCCAUAAAUAUUUUAAGUUUCAUAGUUUUCAUAUUCUCGCCAGAAAGUCCUUCUUACCUUUUGAGUAAGAAUAAAGUUGAUGCGGCAUACAAAGCCUUCUGCUGGUUGAGGGGAUACGAAGAGAAAGCAACCAAUGAAUUUCAGUCAAUGGUUCUGAACCAUAAACUCAAAUCCGAAAACGAAAAAGGCAGCUUUACUGAGAACAUAUGCCAACCCGAAUUCUACAAACCACUCACUGUGCUCAUGACAAUGUUCUUCGUUCUGCAAUUUGUCGGAGUCAAUGUGGUUGCUUUUUACACGGUCAGUCUUAUGAGGGAUACACUGGGUGGGGCGCUAGAUGAGUUCCACGCAAUGAUUCUCAUGGAUGUUGUGCGAUUUGUAAUGACAGUUAUCGUCUGCAUCUUAAUCAAAAACGUGAAGCGCAGACCUCUAUUUUUAGUGAGCGGCUAUGGAACGGCUGUCUGCAUGAUCCUUUUAGCCAUAUUCUGUUAUAUUUCGAAUAAAUACAUUACGGAACAUUUCUCGUUUCUACCCAUAAUUUUCUUUAUGGGAUAUAUAUGCUUCACGAGUCUCGGGCUGCUGCCGCUGCCUUGGUGCCUAGUGGGGGAACUCUUUCCCUUAAAGUCACGAGGGUUAGGCUCGGGAAUAACAACCGGGGUAAACUUUGUGUUCUUCUUUCUUGCUGUGAAAAUUGCCCCAUUCAUGUUUGAAGCACUUGCACUCGAGGGAACCUUUCUCUUCUAUGGUCUCGUUGCAUUGAUUGGGACAUUUGUCUUGUCGCUUAUCUUACCUGAAACAAAAAAUAAAACCCUCCAAGAAAUCGAAAACGAAUUUAGAAAAAACAAUUGAUAUUGGUAGCGUGACUGUAUGUUUAUUAUUGAAAUUUUGCAGCGAGUGUACGUAAUUAAGUAUUAAGGUUAAGGUUAAGUGAGCAUGGAGGCCGUUAUUGUUAUUCCAUAUGACCAUGUAAAUAACACAAAAUAAAAAUAAACAACGCAUUUUGAAGUUA